UUCUUACUGCCCCAGGCACCCUCCCUUCUUCACAAACAAGUCCUUCUGUGGGAGUCAGGUUGUCAGGGCUGUUACCACAGCAAUUGACAUCAGCAGCCUGGUCCCUGAGGAACCUGUCGCCCUUCUGCCCGCUGGCUAUGCCUCAGUUCCUGCCUCUUGGAGGAGGAGAGAGAAGGCGUGGGGGGCCUCCCACCCCCAUUUUGAGCACGGGGCAGGGCAGGGCCAGGCUGGGCCUAGGGACAAGGAGAGGGGAGGGGCUGGGGGAGGGCCAAAGGGUAGGCGGGGCAUCCUAGGGGGCCUCUGGCCCUGGCGGUGAGGCCCCUGCACACAGGGCACACGGGGCUCCUAGGCAGCGUUGCAGCAGCAGCACCCGGCAUGGCGGAGGACGGGCCGAAGCAGCCGCAGCUCAGCAUGCCCCUGGUCCUGGACCAGGACCUGACCAAGCAGAUGCGGCUGCGCGUGGAGAGCCUGAAGCAGCGCGGGGAGAAGCGCCCGGACGGCGAGAAGCUGCUGCGGCCGGCUGAGUCCGUCUACCGCCUGGACUUCGUCCAGCAGCAGAAGCUGCAGUUCGAGCGCUGGGACGUGGUGCUGGACAAGCCCGGCAAGGUCACCAUCACGGGCACCUCCCAGAACUGGACGCCCGACCUCACCAACCUCAUGACGCGCCAGCUGCUGGACCCCGCUGCCAUUUUCUGGCGCAAGGAGGACUCGGAGGCCAUGGAUUGGAACGAGGCCGACGCCCUGGAGUUUGGGGAGCGCCUAUCGGAUCUGGCCAAGAUCCGCAAGGUCAUGUACUUCCUCAUCACCUUUGGCGAGGGCCUGGAGCCCGCUGACCUCAAGGCCUCUGUGGUCUUUAACCAGCUCUGACGGCUGCUGCUGGCUGCCUCGCCCUCCCCAUGCCUGCCCGCCACCCCC